AUGAAACAGAAAAACUCUAAAUUGGCAGCCCUACUACUGGGCUACUCUGACGAUGAAUCAUCAGAACCCUCAUACAGUUCGCCGAGACCCUCUGUGGGAUACCACAAAAAGACACCCCCUCUUCGGGCCCCAAAGGGUCCUAGACCAGGGCCUUCCUCGUCCAAAAAGUCUCGAAAUCCAAAGGUAGCUCCUAAGAAACCGCUGGGGAAGAAUCCUCAGGCAAAGUUUCAUGCCCAGGAUCGAAGCAACGACUCAAACCAGCCAUCGAAAAAACAGAAGUUACAGCAUGAGCCAGGCCAGAAAGGGAGUGUGUCUCCCAGAAACUCUAUGGCCCACCCUAGCAGAAACAUAUCUCCGAGAAAUGCUACCGUCUAUCCUAGCAGGAGGCCAUCUCCAGGAAAUAUGGUCCACCCAAGCAGGAAUGGUCCUCAGAAACAGCAUGUCCAGACCCAGCAUUAUGUCCAGACUGAGCCAUACGCCCAGUCAAAGCACCAGAAUUAUCAUUCUCCAAAGUCUGGUCCAUCGCUGAAGGUGCAUCAUGAAAGAGAAGACCGUUUUAGGCCUCGACUGCAGUCCUACGAAGACAACAGAAAUACCUGGCAGAAGAAGCAAACUGGACCACCUCCGCCUAAGAAGAAGUACGAGGGACCUCCGUGCAAAAGGAGGAAUAGUGCCGAGUCGGAUAGCUCGACAAGUCUGAACGACCAACACAAGAGACCAAAAAUUACGGACAGAAGACCAGCUGCGAAGUCGAAAAAGCCAUUCGACAAAACAGCUCUUCCUAAAGGUCCCCGGAUCAUUGACCACAGACCAGCUUUCAAUAUGCCUUCCUCGGCUGUGUCAACAGACUCGGGUUCAGAAAGCUCAGAUGUUGCAAAUGACAAGAGCCAACUGAACAAACAGUCAAGCCCGAAGGUUGAAGAUGCUGCUCCACUGCCUCAGAAGACGCCAAACACGCCCCCCAUGAAGACACCCAAACCGGCACAGCCAGAUACUGGUGAUGUGCUUUCCAGCGCCGAAUACAAGAGAACUCCUCAAGUUACAGUUAGAUUAGGUUCCAGGAUAACCGAGGAGUUAUUAAACGUUGCAUCUGAGCAGGUCACGCCUAAAGCUCCAUCUCAUGACUCAGUCAUAGAGACCUUGAAGCAAUUGGCCAAGCUCCAUUCAAAACCUUCUGAUACUAUUAUGGAGGACACUCUGCAUAAGGCUCACGUCGAAAGACACUCGGAGCCCUUAGGUGAUUUCAUCAGUUUGGGCGAUAUCGAUGAAAGCUCGAGUUUCACUCCCAAAGUUCAUCCCUCGAAUGAUGCUAUGAGCAUCGAUACAGUGGAUAACAACUCAAGCGUUAUACACACCGUUCAUGCGGGGCCCAAAGAACCCGCACAUUCAGAACCCUUGGGUGAUUUCAUAAGCAUAAAUGAUGUCGAUGAAGGCUCGAGCUUCAAACCCGAGACUCACUUGUCUGGAUCUGAAGAGCCUACCCUGCAUCAAAAGCCCUCGGGUCCUUCUAGGAGUCUAACUAGUGACGGUAAAAGUUUAGAGGUAUUUACCAAAAAUCCUGGUGGAUAUAUCUCGGCUGCUUUGGAGCCUUUUAUACCCAAAAAGUCUGAACCUGGCCCCAAGGAGCCCACGGUCCAUCCUGAAAGAGCACUUCAAAUGCGAGGAAAUGGUAACUCAGAACAAUCGAAUCCGUCCAACCUGUUUCAGCCUAUACCCAUGGACACUUCUGCUUGGAAGGGAAAAACCAUUGGUUACUGUGACCAAAAGACAGGAUACUACUUGGAUUUGGAAUGCAAGAUCAACCCACUGGUGGUAGCAGAAUUCAAGGAGGCCAGGGAGGCAAAGAAGUUGAAACGUAUUCAAAACAGACAGAAGAGGAAGCUCGAGAAACAAGCAAUGAAACAAGCUACGCCGGUGCAAUGA